AUGAAACGCCGAGUCUUUCCACGCCCUGGCAGCUUGGACAGCGGUGGCAAAAAGUGCAAGCUGGAGCCUGCGCAGGAGGGCCAUGAGGAAGCGGCGUCUUCCGAAAGCGCAGCAGCACCUUCCCAAGCAGAUCUCAUGCAGUCGCAGCAUUCCCACGAUACCUCAUGGGCUGCAGAGAACUGGGCCCCAGACUCGGAAUGGGAAGAGACCUGCUCCAAACUGGAAACUGAUGUAAAGACGGAGGAAGAUGACACAUCCGCACUUGCCCCCGAAUUGCCAUGGCAAGGCUUUGGAGAUGUGACAGAGGAGUAUACUGCAGAGUACACCAUGCCAAAGGAGGAGGAGACCCAAGAGCCCUGUGAGACAGGAACAGCCAGCAAGCCACGGCAACAGAUGAGCAAGAAGGACCUCACGGCAGCAGACAUCAUCCAGCGCAUCAAGACAGGAGACUUCGAGUCUCUUGCAGAGCGCAUGGAGAUCGGCAUAAGAGACUCGGACUGGGAAAGGAUGUAUGCCAGGACCGCGGUCGUCGACUUCUUGCGGCGGUACAACAACAACUACUGUGAGCAGCUCUUCUACUUUGAGCUUCAGCGAGCCGGCCAUGGCUGUCAUGCAACGUUGGUCACAAGAGGAUUCUACAACCGCCGUUUUGAAAGUGGCUUUUCAACGUGUGCCUCACCCUUGGCCGCCAAGAGAGCGGCCGAGCAGGCUGCAUGUCAGGCGUUCAAGUUGGACCUCGAAGUCAACGAGGUGAGACGUCGGCUCCCACCAUCCAUGAAAGAUAUCCGAAACUUCUUUGCCCUUGGCCGGGUUCAAAAGGAAGAGCUGAGAGCUCUGGGCUUCGAUUCAGCCUCUGUCCAGUUGGACAUUAUGAAAUCGAUCUAUAACGGUUUGAGGAAGCUUGGCUGUCUCACAUCCCUCUGGGAUCGAAACAGUGCCGAUUGGUGA